AAUACCCGUUCCGAUGCCAGUCGCAGUAAUGGCGUCGAAAGGAUAUACCGUCAACUUCCUCAUCCUUACUUGCGUAGUGAUUGUAAGUUAUUUUAUAAACCGACCUUUAUUUCCAAUAAAAAUUGAGACGAAGAAAUCCCUUGGUUAUCCCAGAGACUCUCUGCUGAAUUUCACAGAGUUGACAGGUGAAUACGGGUAUGUUUCAGAAGAGCACAUAGUAACUACCGAAGAUGGAUAUCUACUGACGAUGUUCAGGAUGGGAAAAGGGAAAAAUUGUAAAGGAAACCUGAUGAGCCCUCCUGUCAUUUUAAUGCACGGACUACUACAGAGUUCGGAUGUCUGGUUGGACGCAGGACCAAACGCUGGACUCGCGUAUCUUCUCUCCGAUGCGUGCUACGAUCUCUGGACUGGAAACCAAAGGGGAAACUACUACUCCAGAAGUCAUAAACACUUGGACCCUGAUAAAGAUGCUAAGUUCUGGGAAUUUUCCGUCGACGAAAUCGGUUACUACGACAUCCCAGUGAUGAUCGACUAUGUUUUGGAGUAUACUGGCUCGAAAAAGGUGAACUACAUCGGAUAUUCCCAAGGAUCUGGUACGUUCUACAUCAUGUGCUCUGAAAGACCUGGGUCCUGCGAUAAGGUGAAUCUUCAGAUUGGCUUAGCACCCGCAGCAAGGCAGACGAACACCAAAUCAGUGCCAUAUAGAUUGAUGUUGAAGACCUUCGAAACAUUGUGGACGGUUUUAGACAAAACUGGAGUGCAAGAAGUGCUUUCCAAAGGUGCCUUCAGUCAGGAAUUUGUGGCGUUCUUCUGCCAAUUUCCAAUGUUGUCGAAUAGUGUGUGUGGAACCGCUGAAGCUCUUUUUGAUUCUAAUCAUCCUGGGUCGAUAACUAAUGAGACUACUAGAGUUUUAUUUGGACAUUUCCCGGCUGGAACAUCGGUGAAAAAUCUAGUGCGGUACAGUCAGAGUAUGCAUUCUCCUAAUUUUGAAAAGUUUGACUAUGGAAAGGAGAAGAAUUUGGAACUGUAUGGAAGUGAGGUUCCUCCACUGUACAAUUUGAAGGCAGUGACUGUGCCUGUUGUGAUUUUAUAUGGUAGAAAUGAUUAUUUGGUGGACCCUAAAGAUAUUGCGUGGUUGAGAAAGAAGCUCCCAAACGUCUUGGAGUCUGAAGAAGUAAAGGACCCACUGUGGAAUCAUUUAGAUGUGCCUUAUAGUCAGUAUACAAGUGAACUUAUAUUUCCGAAGAUAAAUGAGUAUUUGCUUAAGUAUAGUGAGACGUAGAAAGUGCGGGACUGAAGUGGUUGGAAAAUAGGAAACUGUCUAAGUUCCUUUGUCGGUUCCUAAGACUGUUAUUAAUGGUGAUAAUUUUAUUGUAGUUAGUUUAUAAGUUUCAAUAUAAAAACUGGAUUGUU